AUGGAACAAUCCCGUCCGAAAUGUCAUCAUUAUGAUCGGAAUUGUACACUGAUUUCACCUUGUUGUGGUUUGGCAUUUGGUUGCCGUAUUUGUCACGAAGAAUGCCCCGUGCUCCCACCUCCGCUUCAACAGUGGUCUCAGCAAACACACCACGCUUUUGACAGGUUUGCCGUACGAGAGGUAAUUUGUCGACAAUGCUAUUUGCGGCAAUCGAGUAAAACCAACAAUUGUGUAAACUGUGGCAUUCAAUUUGGUUUGUAUCACUGUAAUAUCUGUAAUCUAUGGAUGUCUGACGCAGAGCGGCCGUAUCACUGUCAAGACUGCGGCUUUUGUCGUGUGGGGGGUCGAGAAAGCUUUAGACACUGUCAUGACUGUGGCAUGUGCAUUGACGCACAACUUUUCGAUGAGCAUAAUUGUAAGGCCGGAAAGUACAUGAGCAAUUGCCCAGUCUGUCAGGAAGACCUGUUUAGUUCCCGUCAUGCAUCACACGAAAUGCCUUGCGGUCACGCCAUUCAUUGGCAUUGUUUCAAGGAACUAACGACGUACGAUUCACGCUGUCCAGUGUGCAAAAAAACAGCUGAAACCCCAGAGGAAAUGGCAGCGACCUGGUCAGCGAUCGCCAUGGGCAUCGCUCUGCAGCCUGUACCACCCGAAAUGGCCCGUAUCGUGAACAUUGUUUGCAAUGAUUGUGAAAAUCGAGAUCACACACGUCGCUGGCAUUUUCUGGGUGUACGCUGUCACACUUGCAUGAGUUUCAAUACG